UGUGUCGGUGUGAAACUAAAUUGCUAAUCUUCUUCUUCGAUCUGAAACUGUGUCCAAAUCUUCUUCUUCAGACCUUCAAUAUUUAAUACAUCACCACAACUUAGAUUAGGUUGUUGAUCUCUCCUUCCUUCUCUAUUGCUGCUUGCUGGGGUUUCGAAUCCUUCUCUACGUCUCUGUAUAUGGGUAACUCGAAACCAGGAAUUGCAAUGGCUAACAUAGAUGGGGAGCUUCUGAUACCCGUUGCUCACUCCGGCGAAGAAGAUCACAAUUCUACUCCCAACAAAAUUCCUUCCGCUUCUCAGGAGAUUAUCAUUUAUUCACCCACCCCCUCCUUUUAUCUCCUCCUGAUAAAGGCUAAAAUAGAGAUCCUUUGUUCGUCUCUGCCAAAAGGAAUAUCGGACUUCAUAAAGAGUUACCACCUAAACGUUGUUCAAAGGAGAAGACAUUUCAGGAUCAACAUAUUUGCUUUUAUAUUCAUAAUCGACAUAAAAAAGGUACUUGAAUGUAUUACAAAAAACAUCUUUGUACUAAAAAAACUGUUGUUGAUCUUGUUAUUCAAUCACCAUAUAAUGAUAUUUUCCUUUUUAAAAUGUUUCGCAUGAUAUUGGACCUUCUAAGGACAAAGUUCGAUGUAUCCAGCUUAUAAUGACGACAACAACCUUGACCAACUGAAACAGAACACGUAUCUUAUUCACAACUAGUCCUCUUCGGACUUGGUGGCAGUCAUCAAUGACCGAAGUAUACAUGGAAGAGAAACCGGACUUGGAUGGGCUCCGACCAAGCAAAGCAUUGGUGUGGUGAGCCUCGAGUGAUAGCCGUUCUAACUGAUCCAUCAAUGAACUUUCAUCGUCCCCGAACAUUCAAACAAAUGGCGGAGUCUCCAUGGCUUUUUGUGGUUAGAUGAUACCUUACUGAAACUGUUCUAGUUGUUGUCAAGAACAAGCAAAGGAUCUUUACAUAAAAUAUGUUUCUUGUGUUUAAAGCAAAGGAUAAUAAAACCAAUAUCAUCUUAGUAAAUAAUUAGCUUUCCUUGAGCCCAUUUCUUAUUAUCAUAUACAAUACUGACCCAACACCAUUUUAGUAAAGACUUAUCACCUCUCUUAACAUUUCUUUGCCUUCACAAUUCACAAAAUCACUCUAAUAGGUUUACUUAGAGACAGCACUCACCACAACGCACCAAUCCAUUCUCAUUGCACUUCAAGCACCGCUUGAACAUUUCGUCUUCCUCCUCAAACACUUUGGUACUACCAUCACAGUUAGUACAAGGCACGAACCUUGCAUCACCACAGCUCCGACAUGUCCCCAAGUAUUCACAAGCAGUGAAACCUUUCAACAUCUCAGCUAAUUCGCCGCUAUCGUUUAGCUUCAUAACCUCCUCGACACCACCAAUGUGGGUAUCCCCGACGAACACCUGAGGCAAACAAACCGGUUUUUUCACAUCUCCGAGCAAGCUUUGCAGCUCUUUUCUGUAUUUCGAAUCCAUGGAGAUGUCACGCUCGUCUACAGUGACUUGAAACCCUCUCAAUAUCGUUCUAACGCAACAACAAUCCUCGUAGGUCUUUCUAAUCCCUCUGAGGGUUGUGAAGUAGAGUACAAUCUUGUCUUCUGCUUUGGCCUGUGUCCUCAUUGGACUAGAGCAACCAGAUGUUGGAACAUUGAUAGUCUGAUUAGGAGACAAACAUUUCUUGUAAGAAGAGACAAUGCUAGGAUCCAAACCAGACAAAAAAGAUUCUUCAGACAAAUGCUUCCAAAGAGGUUGCUUUGGUUUAUAAGUCAACGGAACCCAACCUUCUUCUUCUUCCUGUUCAACUCUCACGAGUUCGUAAGAUCCGUCUAGUUUCAAACCCGACACAUUCAGAUCCGUGUCGGGUUUAGGACAAAGAUCCGAAUCUAAACUGGAGAUAGGCUUAUUACCAAGUUUAGGGAUUUCGAACUCGAACUCGUCAUCGUCCAAGCCGUCCAUAAGCUCCCACGUGUUGAUAACCGAGUCAGGAGAGAGCGAGUCGCCUGAGAUCAGAUCCGGCGUGUUCUUCCCGGAGAUUGAGACACGGGGAAGCGUCUGUUGUUGGUCGGAGGAGUUUUGGGAUGCGUCGAUGAGGAGGAGAGAACCGUAUGAGGUGGAAGUGAGGGAGACGAGGUGAUGAGUGUCGCCUUUUCUAGCCGGAGGAUGGUGAACGGACGGCGUCGGGAAAGAGAAAGCUCUGUUGAUCGCCGGAGAAGGUGAAUUCAUUGUCGGUGAAGAAGCUGUUUUUGAAGGAGAAGAACCCAUUUUUGAGUCGGUGAUCUUUGAAAGUUGGUUUCUGGGGUUCUUGAUUGAUAGAGAAGAGAAAGGUAGAGAAUAGCUGUCUAGGGCAGUUGGAGAUGGUGAUGUUGUAUUUACCGGCAACCAAUUCUCGAUCUGAUUUUGAUUUUGAUUCUGUCUAAGAACAACUGUAUAUUUAAAAUCUAUCUAUUGGAGGCGAUAACACAAAAGGAAAAUUAAUUAAAGAUGUCAUUAUCUACAUAACGGCAAAAUCUUUAUCAUUUUU